GAUCCCUUGUGUUUCAUACAAAAAUGUAAACAAACAAAAACAUGUUUUAGAAGAAUCACAAAACAUUUUUAUAAAUAAGCCAUAAUAAAAUAAGUGGUAACAUCCUAAAUAAAAAAUUUUACGUUAUAUCAACAAAUUCAACAAGAAUCAUAACAAAGUAAAAGAAUUUCAUUGCGAAAUGAACUUCAGUCGAAUUAUUUCUGUAACAAAACUUUUAAAAGGGACAAGAAAUCAAUGUUUAACAAAUACAAAAGGAUUUUGUUCAUCUGUAACUGUGAAUCCAGUGAAUUCAAUUGAAAAGAUUUCAGAUGCAAGCGAGAGUUUCCCUGAAACUGUUGACGACUUGCCAACAUACUUUUCUCCGACAUUUAAUUUUGCAGCAUACAUCAAUAAAUCUGAAACAUUAAGAAAAUUUGUAGAACUUGGAGUGGAUUUAAGUAAACUUGAAAAAAAGAAAGGAAUAGCACAAUUCAUUCUAAAGUUAGACUUUGAUAAAAAUGUGAAAGAUUAUUUAAUUCUCCUGCACGACUUGGGACUGCCACCUGAGUGUUACGGAUACAUGCUCACGAAAAAUCCUUUAAUAUUAAAAGAAUCAAUCAGUGACUUGGAAACAAGAAUUUUCUAUCUUAGAUCAAAAAAGUUCUCAUUGGAGCAGGUGCAAGAGAUCGUGGGAAAGAAUCCGUACUGGUUAAGUUUUUCUACAAGGAGAAUCGACAGAAGACUUGGAUGGUUUCAAAAAAACUUUAAACUUACCAGUAACGAUCUAAGAUUUCUUGUAACUAAGCAACCAAGACUCAUUACAUACAAUUUAGAACACAUUCGAGAAAAUUCAUUUUGUAUAAAAGAAGAAAUGGGAUUUGAUGGUGAUGAAGUCAAAAUUUUACUUUUAAGUUGUCCAAGACUUUGGAUGAAUAAUCGUGAAACAAUCUUUGAUCGAUUUGAUUACAUUCAUAAUUGGAUGGACAUUUCACAUGACAGAAUCCUGCAGUCACCUGAAAUUUUAACAAAUCGCUUGAGUCGCCUCAAACAACGUUUCCAAUUUCUGAAACUUCUCGGAAAAGCACAAUUUGAUGAGACAAAACCCGGUUACAUCUCAUUCAAAAUGUUUCUUGAAGGAAGCGAUGAGGAUUUUGUUCUCAAAGUUUGUAAGUCUUCACUAGAACGUUACGAUAAUUUCCUGAAAACUUUGUAGAAACAAGAUUAAUGGCAGACAAUAAAGAAGCAUGAUGAUGCAAGUUUGUAGCAAGAAAUCUUGUUAAAUAUUA